AUGGCGGAAGCUAAAGUGAUCGACGACAAGGUUGAACAACAACCGAUUCAAUUUUUUCCCGGAUUUUCAUUCGAAAAACGUGUUUCAAAACAGACCCAAGAUUCCUUUCCUGAAGCUAACCUUAAUCUCAGGCUAUCUCUGGGUGGGAUUUACGGUACUGGGUACACCAAACAAAACCCGUUAACCAGAUCAUCUUCCAUAGCUGGAGAAGUGGUUAAGAGGAAUUUCAUCGACCAGGCGGGAGACACGACGCCGAAGAGUUAUCUUCCGAUGCCGAGGUCUUGUUCGUUGCCUGUACAAGUGGAGAGGAGUAGAAGGGUGGUGAGUGUUAAGGAGUUAAGGUUGAUGAAGCGAGCUGAGGCGAAGAAACGAGCCGAGGAGAAGCAUAGGAAUGCCAUGAAAGGGACUGAUAAAGAAAGGUUCUUAACGGCGGCCACGGCGGCGCCAUGUUUUCCUGCUGGAGUUCCUGCUUGGGCUGCUGCUAAAAACCCUGCGUUUAAUAGAGCCAUUGAUACGACAAAGAAAGGCUUCGGAAACUCUGAAGGAGUAGGUGCAGCAUCGUCUUCUAACCUAAUCAAGUCCGAACUAGGGAUCACCUCCGGUGCUGCAAACUUCGUCAAACUUGAGCUGAAGGAAACCGAAUCGGAGAAUACGACGAAGAAGGCUAAACUUUCCAAUAGUUGGAUUCAAGAUGAGGGGAUGGAAGUGAUGAAAGCAAUGCCUACUGUGUCCACCACCUGCCUCGACGGGAGGAAAAUACAAGGGUUUCUUUACAAAUACACCAAAGAACAGGUGAUCAUAGUGUGUGUUUGCCACGGGCACUUCCUUUCACCGGAAGAAUUCGUGAAGCACGCCGGCGGUAGGGAUGUUGAAAACCCGAUAAAGCAUAUCAAGAACCUGGAUUUAAGGGAAUCUGGUUUAGGGGUCUCCAGGGUGGCCUUUGGUUUAGGGGUAUCUGGAUUUUCUUUUAAGGUUUGUGGAAGUCAUACUCCAUUCGGCUCGGUUUGCCGUGCUUGGGAUGGUAUCCGGCCCGAAGUUGCUGACGGGGUGACUGCAUCUUUAUCGGCCGAAGCUGGUGACGAAGAUGAUGAUAUUUUAUUUUCACUAGCGUUGGCUGCUUGA